AGCGUUAUAUUUAGUUUCCAAAGAAAGAGAGUUUGGAAAGGAUACAAAAAUAGUUUUAAUGAUUAUAUCAUAUGGAAAAAUGUCACUAACUAUUAAUCGAUUUCCGUGUUGAUUUAGGUCAAUCAUAUUUCUUAAUCGAUUCCCCUCCUUUGCUUCUAUAAAUGGCAUCCUUAUAUUUUGAGGUUGCAAUUCAUACAUUUUUUUUCUUGCUUCUCACAAGGUCAACCAAGAAGGUUCUUUCGCAUUUUGGCGCUCCAUAUAAUAUAAUCCUACUUUUUUUUUCCUUUCAUUUUUAUGAAGUAAAACAAAAAAAACUAGUAAGUACUAAUUUAUUAUGAGUACAUAUUUUGUUUAAUGGUAUAUAGUCAAUAUUGGUAGGAGAAAUCAGACAUGGCAUACACAUUAAUAAUAUUUGUAUGAAUGUUGAUUAUCUUAAGGAAAAAUCAAACAUGGCAUACACAUUAUCAUAACAUAGACACAACAAAACUUAUAGUAUCAAAAUCAGAAAUUAAUAGUACUAUUAUGUAUACACCUAAAUUCAAACACACUCAAUGCAACAACACGCCUUCACCACCAUUUCCGCGUCAACUCUCCUCUCUCCCACACUUAUAAACCCAUUCCCCCAUAAUCACCAAUCUCACUUUUCUCAAUUAAUCCCCAAAAAAAAUCUUCAUUUUCAUAAACACCACAAAUAAUUCUACCUCCUUCAUCUUCAAAAAAAAAAUGAAGGUGAUCAAAGUGACAUUCGCCCUCAUCGCCUUUGCCAUGGCUGUAACCCUAAUCCUCACGGCCAAAACCACCGACCCCGCGCCUCCCUCUCGGGCCCCACACUCCAAACCGGCUGCCACAGCUCGUGUCAGCCGGUUCCUCCAGACGAAGGAGAAAAACCCUAGAGCCGCCGACCACUGCAAGAAGGACAAUGACGUGUGCUUGGAAGGCGGCGGCAACGCCACAUGUUGCAACAACAAGUGCCUUGACUUGCAGUACGAUGACAAAAACUGCGGCUCGUGUAAGAAGAAGUGCGCCUUCACGGAGAAGUGCUGCAGAGGAGAGUGCGUGCAACUCGUCUCCGACAAGAGACACUGCGGCGCGUGCGGCAACAAGUGCAAGAGCUUAUGUUUGUACGGCACGUGCGAUUAUGCCUAAGAUCAAGGUGGUGGAGGAAUUCGGACAUGGAAAAGGAAGAAUUCAAGGGUUGGUAUAUACUAUUUUUUUUUUCUGAAAAAUGAAUUGCAAUAAUAAAUGAAAACCACAUUCGAAUUGGUGGUUUUUAUAUUUAUGUGGGGUGUUUAGCAUUGUUGUGUCACGUAUUAUUCCUCGUGGGUUUAAGGAGUAUAUACAUUGAUGAAUAAAUGUGUACGUAUUUAUUAUUGAGACAUAAAAGAUCAAGGAAUUGAUCAUAUAUAUAUAAGAGUGUGUAUUAAAAUUAGUUUGUCGAUUGUUUUGAUCCGUUACUACAUGAAAUUUUGACCGGUGUUAGUGGAUUUGUAUGGCUACAUUAUUGUUUCAAUGCAAAUAUUAUCGAGU